AUGCGUCUUUCUUCCGCCUUUGCCGCCCUUUGCGGGCUCCAAGCGACCCUUGUCGUUGCUGAGAACACCACUUGGCCCUGGCGAACCUUCAAGUCCAGCCCUCACCAGCCUCCAAGUCUCCAAAUCUCCAAAUCCGGACCUACCAGCCCCGGAUACCUCUUCUUUGACCAAUCAUGGAACGCACAUCAGUACGGUGUGUUCAUAAUGUCGGACAGUAAUGAGCUUGUUUGGCAAAGCCCGCCCGGUGAUCUACAGGAUUUCCGAGUACAGAAGCUGGAUGGGAAGCCUGUCCUGACGUACUUCAACGGCCUUGGAGUCCCAGAGCCGUUCGGAUGGGGAUACGGCAUUGUUCAAGUCUUGGACGAGUCCUAUCGAAGUAUCUAUAAUGUCUCUGUGACAAACGACAACUACAAGGCCUUGGGCAGCAUUGACAGCUCCUCUUUCGUAUCAUGGAUUGACAUCCACGAGAAUACAAUGACGUCUGAUGGGACAAUGCUGGUCACCGGCUACAAUGUCACCCAGGCUGAUCUCAGUUCUGUGGGAGGCCCCAAGAACGGUUGGAUCGCUGACUCGCUCUUCUACGAGAUCGACGUCAAGACCAAUGAGAUACUUUUCCGUUGGAGUGCCCUCGACCAUAUCAAUCAGAUUCCCUUGGAACAUGUACAGCCAUUCUACCCUGUUCGAGACUGGGGACACAACAGCAGCUCUCCCUACGGCUACUUUCAUAUCAACUCAGUGGACAAGUUUCAAGAUGGAACGUACCUCAUUUCUUCUCGUUACUACUGUUCGCUGUUCAAGAUCGCGAAGGAUGGAUCGGUGGACUGGACGCUACAGGGUCAAGGUGGCGGCGACUUUGAACUCAAGGGAAUCAAAUUCAGUUACCAACACGACGCCCGCAUUCGUGACGAGACUGAAAAUGCACUCAUUCUUAGCAUUUUUGACAAUUCCAACUCCGAUGUCCAGAACGGGACUGAUCACACCGAAGGCAUAUUUAUGAGCGUCAAUCUGGCCACUCGCGAGGUCUCCCCUGUCCGAACUCUGCACGAUCAACGCGAUGAGAUCUUUUCGACUUCUCAAGGAAACACACAAUUACUACCUGCAAAUCACGUUGUGAUGGGCUACGGAUCAAAUCCUAAAAUCAAGGAGUAUAAUGCCAACGGUUCUUGUAUCAUGACUGCCCAGUUUGGAUUCGAUGGUGUCGUUUCAAGUUACCGAGCCUAUCGCUCCCCCUGGGUCGGCGUUCCCGCAACUCCCCCCGAUGUAUUCUCUUGUAUUGAGAAAAGCAGCAACAAGACCAAUGUUUAUAUGAGUUGGAACGGAGCCACUGAGCAUCAACAGUGGAAGGUUUUUGGGGGCGCUACUCGUUCAGAACUGAGUCCGGUCGCGAUGGCACGAAAGACAGGAUUUGAGACCGUGGCGAGCAUCAAAGGAUAUCUUGGAUAUGUCCGAGUGGAAGCUCACGGCCUGGGGAUCCAGAAAGGCGUUUCCAAAAUUGUACCCGUGCAGAGUCAGUGUUAG